AUGGCUGUAGAAUCAAGGGAGACAGUAGCCUUAGCUCCUCUGGUUCAGGCUCCAGAGGAAGGUCUUGUGAUAGUAAAAGUGGAGGAGGAAGACCACAACUGGGACCAGGAAUCCAGCUUCCAUGAGGCUAACCCUCAUGGCCAGGAGAUUUUCCGCCAGCGCUUCAGACAGUUCUGCUACAGGGAAACACUGGGGCCCCGUGAAGCUUUGAUCCAGCUCCGAGCUCUUUGCCAUCAGUGGCUAAGACCAGAUUUACACACAAAGGAGCAGAUCUUGGAACUGUUGGUGCUAGAGCAAUUCCUGUCCAUCCUUCCUGGGGAACUUCAGACCUUGGUGCAGGAGCAUCAUCUAGAAAGUGGAGAGGAGGUAGUAACUGUGUUGGAGGAUUUGGAAAGACAUAUUAAUAUACUAGGACAAGAGGUCCCAGCUCAUGCCAGUGGAAUGCCCUGGGAAGAUAGAACAACUCUGGGAGCAGCACAAGAGCCACAAAAUAUUCAACCACAGCCUAUGGGGCUCAAGUGUGACUCUUCAGAUCCCCAAAUUCUGCAAGAAAGAGUUCUGCCUAUGCCCCAAGGUCCUGCUUUGUCCCAGAAGGGAAGCCCACGAGACCAGGAGAUGGCAGCUGCACUUCUCACGGCUGGGUUCCAGACUUUGGUGAAGAUCGAGGACAUGGCAGUAUCUCUUAUCCAGGAGGAGUGGGGACUUCUUGAUCCAGCACAAAAAGACCUCUGUAAUGAUGGCAGGCCAGAGAAUUAUGGCCCCAUCUACUCCCUGGGUGGUGAGACUAGGAGUGAGAACAGGGAUUUAACUCAGAACCAGGUAACAUCUGCUGAAAUGGAACCACAUGGAGAGAGAACUGCCAAACGUAACGGGAACGUUCCUGAGAGUGUUGACCAUGGACAAGCUGGUGAAUGUACAGGCAGAGUAGACAGAAGGCGAGGAAACCCUACUGGAGAGAGACGACAUAAAUGUGAGGAAUGUGGGAAGAGCUUUGCCCAAAGCUCAGGCCUUGUACGACACUGGAGAAUCCACACUGGGGAAAAACCUUAUCAAUGUAAUGUGUGUGGGAAAGCUUUCAGUUACAGGUCAGCCCUUCUUUCACAUCAGGAUAUCCACAACAAAGUAAAACGCUAUCAUUGUAAGGAAUGUGGGAAAGCCUUUAGUCAGAACACAGGACUUAUUCUACAUCAAAGAAUCCAUACUGGGGAAAAGCCCUAUGAAUGUAAUCAGUGUGGGAAGGCUUUUAGUCAGAGUGCAGGCCUAAUUUUGCAUCAGAGAAUCCACAGUGGGGAGAAACCCUAUGAAUGUAAUGAGUGUGGGAAAGCUUUUAGUCAUAGUUCUCACCUUAUUGGACAUCAGAGAAUCCAUACUGGGGAGAAACCCUAUGAAUGUGAUGAAUGUGGAAAAACUUUCAGGAGGAGCUCACACCUCAUUGGCCAUCAGAGAAGCCACACUGGGGAAAAACCUUACAAAUGUGGCGAAUGUGGGAGAGCUUUCAGUCAGAAGUCAGGCCUCAUUGAACAUCAAAGAAUCCACACAGGAGAGAGACCCUAUAAAUGUAAAGAAUGUGGGAAAGCUUUCAAUGGGAAUACAGGCCUUAUUCAACAUCUGAGAAUCCACACAGGUGAGAAACCUUAUCAGUGUGGUGCAUGUGGGAAGGCCUUUAUUCAAAGGUCAAGUCUUAUUCGACAUCAGAGAAUACACAGUGGAGAAAAAUCUGAAUCCACAUAAUAUAUAUGAAAGCUUUCAAUCCCAGGUCAGGCAUUAUUCAACAUUCAUUAGAGGAUUAGAUACCCUCUCUCAGAGCCUAGAAAUGUGCUUUGCAACUAGUAGGUGCUUAAUAAAUGUUUGUUGAAUUGAAUUGAAAAUUACACUGGAGACAGUCCCCAUCAUUGUAGUAAAUGAGUGAAAAGUUAGUCACCGUAAUAACCUUAUCUAUUAUCUAGUUUCAUAGACUCCACAUGAUAUAGCCAUAUUAUACUAGCUCUUCAGAGCAGAUUGGGCAAAAUUUACUGAUAUUUUGGCCGAUUACAUAAUGGAAUAGAACUUUUAAAUUGCCUAUUUAACCUCUGAAAUUGAAAAAUAUAUUUGAAUAAGCUGCUUAUUUAUCACCCAAGGAAUUUAACUGUGGUUCUAGUUAAAUGGCUAUGGAUUUGAGAGCUGCUACUACUCCUUUCACCACUGCAUUUUGUCUUUCUCAUUGUUUUCCUUCAUUUAUUCUUCCUUGAAAUUACUGUCAUUUCCCUAAUUGGAUGUAUUAGAAUUCAUUAGGAUAUCAUGAAGCCUCAUGAAAAACUUCAAGUUUAUAAAGACAUAGGAAAACUUUGAAAAAUAUUUAACCUUAUCAUGUUAAUAUAACCACAUUUUGUUGUAAAUACCUCUGUGAUUGUCUCCAUUGUUGGUGAAUUCUUUAUUGCUAUUUGAAUUCAGAAUACUAUAUUUUAAAAACCUUACUGAAAGGGUCUUUCUUUUUGUCAUGUCAUUUUAUUGACUCCUGUGGAAACACAGACAGUAUGUAGUCUUUACUUUUGAUGAAAUUGUCAAAGGAAGUGAAAGUAAAGUGAUGGUAAUAUAGAGAAAAUGAGCAGAAACUUUUGCCUAACUUUUCUGUCAAAGUUCAGAUAACUGCAUUUUAUAGCUCCUCUUAUUUUGUUCACUACCAUCUGCCUAUUCUACACCUUCGUACAGACUCAUGCCAUGUAACCUUCAAGAUGCCACAGAAUGGAAAAAACAGGCUAAAUAUAAAAUGUAUGUGAA